UCUAAUAUUUUAUUACUCAUCCAUGUAGAACACCCUGUAGUCGAAUCAGUAUAACGGAGCGCGCUUGACGCGAUGUUACUAUGCAGUAUACUGCGUGCAGCGUUAUCCGCGUCUUUUGGGACCGUCGUUCAGAUUGCGAUCUUCUUACUGCAAAAUUCCAAUAUCUCCAGAGUGCUCGCAUCCAUGCCACCAGGUGCCGAAGACGAGAUUAUUCUGAUCGAACAUCUACCAGGACGGCGGGUGCAUCUGCAAGACUUCUUCUGGACCGGUCUGGAAGAUGCGCCGCCAUGGGUAGAUCCCAAUCAGGGCUUAACGUUUUACGAGACAAAGACGAUCGUUCAUACUGUCACAGUUUACACUCCGAGUGACGAGAAAAGCCCAUCAGACCCUAUAUCGCCUCAUCGUCCAGACACUUACAAUCCGGAAUGUAUCACAUGCAUAGAACCGACACCUAGAUUAGACGAUGAUGAUCAAAGCAUCGGAGUCCUUAUCGGAGAUGAUCCAGGUCAAAGAUACUGGCUAUUGACGGUUCUUCGACCAGGUGAAGCCGUACCGCCCAAAGUCGAGCUUCGUUUAGCUCGCUUGUAUCGAACCGCGUUUUCCAGACAACAACAACGUCACCUUGGUCUACUGUCAACGGAUCCACGAUCGCGAAGAGACGCAUUAUUACGUGGAUUAAUUGACCGAAAGGUUAUACCGGAACAUUUUGAAACUUUAUCUCGAGUAAAAGUUCGUCAAGAAGAGAUUUCCGUCAGUGCAACCAAAGCUCAAUCGUCCGAAUUAACCGUCGGGACCGUCGAGAGCUCAUCAAUUCACGAAGAAACCGAAGCGAGCGUUUCAAAUAUAACCGACGAUAACAAAUUGUAUUUUCCAAACGUUUCCCAAAUCAAGUCCAUGAGAAUGAUCGAAAUUCCCAGGCCGAAGACGAAGUUGCUGCCGACAUUCGAUGUCGACGCAACGGACGAUCGCGAGAAACCUACGAAAGAAGAUUUUGCUCUGAAAAAAAUCAUCAAAACAUUAAAGGGAGAUAUAAGAUUUUUACCUUCGGAUGACGAACCUACAACUAUCAAUCCAACUUAUAUCGAUGAAACUAAUAAUUCCAAUGAGCAAAUCCCGCGGGAAUCGAUACCGUCUAUAAAUUUGAAGUCUGAUUCAAAGUCCAAUACCGAUUUUGUCUCCAACCGAUCGAGCGACGACGAGAGUGCAGGUAUGCGCUCGAGAUUGCGUUUAGCAGAUGGCUCGAUUCCGGGAAUCGUAAAGGUCAGAAUGCAGAAUACGAGCGUUAUUGAAGGAGGUGCGAUGAGAUUGAUCUAUUCGGUUCACCUCGAUGAUAAGCCUGUUCCCGCUGAAACGGCCGCGAGGGACAUGGCGCUUCUCUCGCCUCAGGAGGUCGCCUUGGAACUUGGCGCACCGGUGAUUAUUCAAAGCGAGCCUUAUUUGAAGGAGAGUCGACCUCUGGCUCUAUCAAGAAAAAGGGACGCCUGGCUGCUGCUGAUCGGUGCAGCUAGCGCGGGUGUCAUUCUUCUAAUCUUGGUUCUCACCGGUUUGAUCUUGGCCGCCAAAAAAAAGAGAGCACAUAGUGCCGCCGUUGCGCCGCCGAAUAGAAGUAUCCUUAAGAAGGAACGCGAAUAUGCAGCCACGACACCUGGUCUCGAUAACGCUGCAUUUUCAACGUCGGAAACCGAAAUUAAGACGGACGGUACCAGUCAGCGACAAACUCCGCGAACUUUAUCCAGAACUCCGAUAACCCCCGACACGCCCGAUAGUCUAGAAUUGGGCAUUCACGAAGUUUCCAGCGACGACGACGAGGAACCGAAAAAGAUUCGCGGUUCGACCCCUUGGGAUAUUCAAGAACAUCCAGUUAAGAAAGCAAGUCCAGUAGCAACACCAACGACGGAGAUAAAAACACGACCACGUACAUCGUUACCACGCAGAGAUCUCGACGAGGAUAUUCCGGAGACAGGCCAGGCUGAACAAAUUCAUUCACGCAAUGCCUGGGGUUCAAGGCCACUUAGCGCAGGUCCGUUCCACAGACCGAACUUACCGGAAGUGGAUACUAGGCGUAUAUUGGCGGACAGCAGACUUCCACCGGAAGAUCCUGCGGUACCCUUGAUUGCGUCGAUCAAGAAAGAACUCGAAAAGUUUUCGCCUUAAUAGAGCGCAUAAAUAUAAAUAGGGGUUGCGAUAAAUAUUCUCGAUUAAAUACUCUCACAAAGUGAUAUAUCAAUCUUAAGAAUUAAAAAACGAUGUAUAUAUUUGAUAAACUUUUACCAAAAAAUUUUGUAACUCGACAUCGAACUUUUUCACUAUAAUGUAAAAUGAAAUCAUUUCACAUAUGUCAUAAUGAAAGCGCUAUCAUUUCGCAGAAGACAGAUCAUUCCAUAGU